UUUCAUUCAAUUCAAUUCAUUCCCUGCAAGUACAAUGGCACGCCCGCCAAUCCCUCCUACCAAACCCCAUUUCUUCCAGCCCCUUCUCCCUGGUUUCCACCUCCAACUUUUAAUUCCAUCUGCUUUCUUCCUCAAGUACUUGGGUGGUGAUGGGUACUCAUGCAAGCUGCAGCAGCAAGCUGUGCUGAGAAGCUGCCUGGUCGCCGGGAAGCAAUGGCCUGUGAAGGUGAACGGACGACGUCUGGAGGAGGGCUGGCCGGAGUUUGCCGGAGAGCAUGACCUGCGCGUGGGAGAUCUCUUGGUAUUCAGGCACGAAGGGGACAUGGUAUUUCAUGUUAUGGUCUUUGACCCUACCGCCUGCCAGAAGGAAUAUUACGUGAAAACAGAGGCGGAGGAGGUGUUGAUGAAGAGGAGGAAACUAGAUACUAUGGCCACUCUAGGAAAAGCAACAAAAACUUCUUCUGCAGGUUCAUACCCAUACCAUCCCUAUUUUGUGCAGAUUGUGACCUCUUCCAACUUUCAAAACUCAAAAGUGUAUAUACCAAUACGCUUUGCAAGAGAAAAUGGUCUAGCCGAAAGAAUUUGUGAAAUAGCUCUUCAAAAUGAAAAAGGAAAGUCAUGGUUAGUGAACUUAAGGUACAAGAAGAGUGAUAGUCAAGUUUUUUUUGGACGUGGUUUGCGUGACUUUUUCAUUGCAAAUGACAUAAAGGAAGGCGAUUCUCUCACAUUUGAGCUCAUUGAGAAUGGGAUUAAGCCCAUUUUUGUUGUUCACGGGUCUCCUAUGGCAACAAGAGGCAUGGGUAUGGCUAACCAAGUGAUGAGAAGCCCUACAAGGAAAACCACCCCUCCUGCUCUUCACCAAUACUUCGUUGGCACCAUAAACCAACAUUGCCUCAACAAGAAUAAACUGAAGGAAUAUUACGUGAAAACAGAAGAAGAAUAUUGUCUAAGGGACGAUGAGAAAUAUCAAACUUUGGGGACCCAUCAUGAGGCUGAGGAGGUGAUGAAGAGGAGGAAACUAGACACUGUGGCCGCUCAAGCAAAAGCAACAGAAACUACUUUUGAAGUCCCAUACCCAUGUCAUUCCUAUUUUGUGCAUAUUGUGACCUCUUACAGCUUUCGAAAGUCAAAAAUGCAAAUACCAAAAUGCUUUGCAAGAGCAAAUGGUCUAACCAAGAGAACUUGUGAAAUAGCUUUUAAAAAUGAAAAAGGGAAGUCAUGGUCAGUGCAAUUAUGGUACAAGAAGAGUGAUGGUAAAGUUAUGUUUGGACGUGGUUUGCGUGACUUUUUCAUUGCAAAUGGCAUAAAGAAAGGCGAUUCUCUCACAUUUGAGCUCAUCGAGAAUGGGAUUAAGCCCAUUUUUACUGUUCACGGAUCUCCUAUGGCAACAAGCGGCAUGUGUAUGGCUAAGCAAGUGAUGAGAAGUCCUACAUGCAAAACCACCACUCCUACUCUUCACCAAUACUUCGUUGCCACCAUAAACCAACGUUGCCUCAAGAUGAAUCAACUGAAUAUUCCUGUUGAAUUUGCAAGAGCGAAUGAUUUAUGUAAUAAAGAUUGUGAGAUAAUUCUUAGAGAUCAAAAGGGAAGAUUGUGGCCCAUGAUGCUAAGCCACAUGAAGAACACUGGUGUCAUUUGUAUUGGACGUAACUUGAGUAAGUUUAUUACAACAAAUGGAUUAAAAGUAGGAGACUUGUUCAUGCUAGAGCUCGACAAGGCAGGAGGAAAGAAUAUUAUUAUGAAUUUUUAUGGUGGCAGUAUGGAAGAAACGAUAGCCUAGCUCGAGCAAGCAAGGACACAAUAACUGUUGAGUAGGUAGAGCAGCCAGAGAAGUAGCUAAGUAUUUAAUUUUGUAUAUGAACUUACGAUGCAUGUAUAGCCAUCUAGGCUUUUUCUGGGUUUUGAUGGAAUACUAUAUAUGCGUUCAAAGGAGUUAAUAUCUAUAAAUGGAAGUGGGCGAGACCACAUUUUGACAA